CCAAUAAUAAACCCACAGUCUCUUCGUUCCAUAGACAAAAACCUCGAGAAACACUCUCUCGCAUUCAUCCUUUCUUCCCCCGACGACCCUCGGCCACUCCGCCUGCCUCACCGUCGACCUUGCCUUUUGCUCCCCGAAAUGCCCUUACGAUGCCCUCUCAGGUGCGCACCACCUCCGCUUCGCACCAUCGGAAACCAUUGCAGCGUCGCCUCCCUUUUAAAUUCAUUCAGAGAGAUGUGCUACUGCCAGCCAAAUGCGUUCGCAUCAGUGCUCCUCCUCCGGCCUCCUUGGCCUCUUGCAUUCUCGGCCCUUUCUUCUCGAUGGGCUCUCUCGGUUUUCACUCCUCCUCUUUCAAGAGUUUUGGAUGGUUUGGUCUCGAUUUCAUCCAUUAAUUGCAGAUUUGGGGUUGACAUUUCAGCUUUGGGUGAAUUGUGGGUAACUGAUCAAAUUGUGGACUAUUUUUUUUUUUCUAAAUCAAACCUUUAGCCUUCCAAUUGAACUUGGAUUUGAUCCCCCUCAAUGAUUUGUAACAACAUCUUUCUAUACUCAAAUUGGGCUUGUAUGUUUGAUUGAUUGCUGAAUUCCUAAAUUGGAAAAUUAGGGUUCCGCAUCGAGACGAUUGAGGGUUCUGAGCAAUCGCACGAAUUAAAGUUUUCCCCUUGAUAGUAUAUUUAAUGUUUCGGGUCUAUGUGAGGCUUUUUCCUUUACUGAAUGCCAAUGCUUUUACAUGAUGUUCAUGAAUGUUUCUGUAGUUAGACAUGCUUCCUGCAUGGGUGUUGGCUGCUCUGAUUUUUCUUAGAACCAGUACAUCAUACGUGUACUUACAUUUUGCUGCUGAUGUACUGUGGUUUCUGCACAAAUUUUACAUUUUGUUUCAUGGUGGAGAAGCUGUAAUUCGAGGUAAAGCUCAGUCGUAAUGAGGAUGAACGAAUACCAAAUCCAUUCCGGAUUUGGUGAAAAUGACAUAUGAGAAGCUCUGUCUUGUCCUCUGCCUCUCUAAAUCUGAGCCUUGUGAAUCUUUUUGUUGCCACAGGAGCUGGAAGCUUUGGCAGACUUCAUGAGGAAAGAAGUAUCUUGUGAGGAAGAAGAUUGAUUUAGUGAAUAAAAAAUUCAAGCCACUGGGAUAGAUUGGAUGUUUUUGUUCGUUAAUAUAUUGGAUAAUUGCUACCUUAUCACAAUAAGU